AUGGAUACGCCAUGGAAGGAAACCUACCAUGAUAACAUCAAUUUCUUUGAUAAUUACAAAAUUUGUCCUCGUGUGAUGAUUUACAACAGCACCGUGGACACUGAGGUGCAAAUAGGAGUGGCUAUAAAGCAAGUUAUCACUGUGGACACCACCUGGUUGGGCAGAAUACUCAAUGAGUUGAAAAACCGUUUCCAUCUUCCUGGCCAUCUUGGAUUUUCCAACUACCCAUGGAUCAACAGAAAUGAAAUGGAAGAUGGCACCGAUAGAUCCUCUUUUGACACUACCCUUACUUGGGAGAAGAAGAAGUACUUCGAAUCCAAGACAUCAUUACCUAUUUGGCUCAAAGGCAUUCUUGCUCCAGAAAACGCUAUCCUCGCUGUCGAGGCUGGUGCUGAUGGUAUCAUUGCUUCAAACCAUGGAGGGACACAGAUGGAUGAAACAUUGUCUACCUUGGAUGCCUUGCCUGAUAUUGUGGCAGCUGGAAGGGUUGAAAUCCUGUUCACAUCGAUGGAGGUAUCAGAAAAGGAAGUGAAAUUCUCAAAGCCUUGGGUGCCGACCACUGUUGUGUUGGUCUAUUUGGCCAAGGUUGGGCUCGAUGGCUCUGUGAAGCGGUUGAAGGUGACUGCAAAGUUUUAG